AUGGGGGCUCUUGCUGCACCCGCUCUGCCGCUCCUGCCGUCGCGGGCGUUGCCUUUGUCUCUUCGGCGCCUCCUCGUGCCUCUGCAGCUGCUCUCCCUCGUCGCUGUCUCUUCGGCGUCCACUCCGUCCUCCUCAUGGCACCCCACGGACAACCGACGAGCUGUCCAGAGUCCAGGAGCUACCGGGGAUGCCGACGGAUCCCCUGUUGACGCCGACCUCGCGAGUCUCGAACAACAACCUGCGGUCGUCGAUCCCGCGUUUCUCCAGAAUCUCCUCGGCGAGGUGGACACGACGGCGGCUUCAACGGCAGAGAAGGCUGCGCCUCUCUCUGAAGUGCUUCGUUCCAACGUCGCCGACGAAGCAGAGGACAAGAUAUCCCCGCGAGAGGCGUCUGGGAAGCUCGUCGAAGCUCCAACAGUAGAAAAGACGAAGCCGCGGGCUGUGGAAGCCGAAGGCGAAGUGAACGUCUCGGACAAGCCGACUGAAGAGUCGAGAGAGCGAAAACUGCGAUUUGCUCCCAAGCCGAAGAUUCGCGCCAAGUUUUCCCCAGGCGCGACAAAAGUCUCUGUGGUAGAAGCCACGCAAGUCGCAGCUCAGUGGCCCUGCCGAGGAAAGACCCGAUUCGUCUUCCUCUUUGUGAAUCGUAAGGCGGGAGGCCAAGCUGGCGCCCGGUGGCUCACAGGUGCGAACCGGAACGGCGAGGACAGCCACACACUCCAGGACGUCUGCACGCGAGUUCUCAUCUACGACCUUCUCGCAAACCAUAGCGGCUUCCAGUUCCUCAGAGAAACUGUAGAAGUCAAGCGAGCGCUGUCGCACAAGCAGAAACCUACGAAGAAACAUGAACUCGUACGCGUGAUCGCCGUCGGCGGAGACGGCACAGUCAUGUGGGUGAACAGAGAGGCCGUCGCGGCCAACGUCCCAAUCGCCUGGAUCGCUUUCGGCAUCGUUGGAUUCGGCACUGGAAACGACUUUGCCCAGAGCUACGGAUGGACUCACGGAAACGCCCAGAAGCUCGACAUCUUUAGAGGUGACACGCUGAAGCGACUGGUGCAAAUGUGGCAAAACGCUGUGGUGGCGCGACAUGACACCUGGAGAAUGUCGGUCUCCACCUACGACGGGGGCUACUUCGAGCACGUCAACUGUGACACGCGAACGCUAGAAAGGAUCACGGACGGCGAGACAGGACUUCACGCUCGCAGCUUCGAGUCCCCCUUCAUCCUGUACCUCGGAAUCGGCUUCGAUGCACUUGUGGGAAUCGAGUUUGACCGCCUCCGAAGCACGUCCAGGUUGAGGAAUCGGAUUAUGUAUGGCGUCGCCUUCUUGAAGCUUCUGAGGCGUUCCUGGAAAAGAGUCACAGAGCAAAUAGACACUGUCUACGUCGUCGACAGAGGCCAGAAGAAGGUUCUGUUCACCACGAAUACUGAAAAAUACCCCACCGCAAUGCGACUCGAAAGUUCGAUUUCCAUGACCUUCUUGAACAACCGGUCCAUGAUCGGAGGGAUUCCGUUGUGGAGACACACAACCCGCGUCGGCGUCCUGCCCCCAGCCAAAGAAGGAGAAACCCGAACCAUCUACGACACCUAUCGGCGACGCCUUAUCAACGCACACCAGUCCAUGGGAGACAGCAGAAUCGAGUUGAUUGCUUUCCACGGACGAUUUGACCUCAUCCGCAGUGUUCUGGUUGACUACGACGCAGCAGGUCGGCUGCUCCAGCAUCGAGGACCCUUCCUGGUCUCGUUUUACCCGGAAGAGCAAGCGGGACCGGUGGGAUUUCAGACGGACGGCGAGUUCCGGAUCGGCCACAGGAUCAAGUCGAUUUAUGUAGAGUUUGUGGACUCGUUCAAUGUGUUGAAGAACGUCGCGGGCCACGCGGUCAGGGGGUAGAUGCGGCGACUUUAGUUUUCCAGACCGCAUCCCGACAUCCGCAAAUGCAUGCAGAAACAGAAAAAUAUCUUGUCCAGUCGCCUCCUCUGUCUCCACUCCUGAGGGCCGCAGUGCGAGAUGCGGCUUGGGUCUCUCUGAAGAGCGCACGGGAGAGCUUUCGCGGCACAGAGAGCCCGAACAAGCGAGGGGGAAGGCUGAAUAAGACGGGUGGAAUCUCUCUUUCCUCGCGGCCGGCGUCCACGCGUUCAACAGACCCUCGACCGCGGCAGUCGUCUGGUGUCGUCUGUCGGUUACUGGAGAGACUGCAGUGAAUCGGCUUUCGCGGUCUUGCGCCUUUUGAGGACCUCUUCUGAAACACGCUCUGCAUGUUCGGGCAUCGACGCUUGCACAUUCAUGGAAAGUCGCUACCCUCGCCGCAAGAGCCUUUCGCGCGCGCGCGGCGAAAAGAAGUCUGAGAAUUUGAUAUUCCCUGUCGUAUCUGCGGACUGGGGGGGGGAGGGGG